UCUAUGUGGAGAAGGCACUCAGAUCCGAGAUGUUGUGUGCAUCAACCCUCUCGGUGGUGAGACUGUGGAGGUCCUGGAUGACUCUGGUUGUGACGAAUCGACAAAACCGCCCUCCAACCAAACCUGUGAGCUGCGACCCUGUGAUGGCACAGAAUGGGUCACUUCACCGUGGUCUGGGUGUGAACUUCCAUGUUCGUCACGCAUCGAGACCCGGCAGGUGCUCUGCACCAACGAGGAAGGGGUAAUGUUCCCCGAUGAGUACUGCGAUGAUGAGAAGCGGCCCAACACGACCAAACCAUGUGACGAGGAUGACAGUGCCCUGGACGAGCAGUGCCAGUACAUGUGGUACUACUCCCAGUGGAGCCCCUGUUCCACGGAGUGCGGGAAUGGCAUGCAGACCCGCAAGGUGUUCUGUGGCAGCUUCAUCGACGGCAACAUCGUCAAUGUGACGGAUGACAAUUGCAACCCUGCAGAACAACUUAACUCAACUCGAGAGUGUACGGUGGAGGCUGUCUGUAAUGGCACUUGGGUCGCUGCUCCCUGGAAUCAGUGUUCAACGCCCUGCGGUGGUGGUCAGCGCACAAGAACUAUCAUUUGCCACGUCAAUGGGAAACCAGCUGCACCUAAGAAUUGCGAUGUCAGCAAGAAGCCCUUUGACACUGAGUCAUGCAACAUGAAUGCUUGCGACGAAGAUGAAGUGAUCCUCCUGGGAGGCUGCAAGGAUUCUAAGCAUGGCUGCUGUCCUGACGGCAUGACGCCUGCUGGUCCCAGCUUCGCGGGAUGCCCCAAGGUUACUCCUGUCGAAGGUGGCUGCAAGGCUACCGAGUUUGGUUGCUGCUUGGACGGUGUGACCCCGGCAUUUGGGCCAUUUAGGAAGGGCUGUCAACAGCUGUCACUCUGCAACGGCACGGAGUUCGGCUGCUGCCCCGAUGGCGAGACACCAGCUGAGGGCCCCAACAACGAGGGCUGCCUCUUGGCCACAACUGACACAGCCCUUUUUGCCAAUUGCAGCACGGCUGAGUGGGGCUGCUGUCCAGAUGGCAUCACGGCCGCUGAAGAUUCAAACAAAACCAACUGCAUCGAAGUCUUGAAAGCCACGUUCAUCCCGUGCGCCGACUCUCAGUUUGGCUGCUGUCCCGACAACAUGACUGCAGCAGAUGGUCCCAGUGGACUUAACUGCAUCGAGGGCUCGGGCACAGAAGAACCCUGCCAUGGAACGACGCACGGAUGCUGUCCGGACGGCUGGUCUGUGGCCCAGGGACCGAAUAAUGAGGGCUGCCCGCCCUACUUUCAGGUUACGCCGGUUGCCAAUUGCUCUCAGUCAACUCACGGCUGCUGUACAGAUGGCAUGACUGCGGCCGCAGGUCCGGACGGGCUUGGUUGUGAGGACGAAGUCGAAGGGAGCGGGACUGAACCAACUGACUGUGAGAACACAUUGUUUGGCUGCUGCCCGGAUGGCAAGACACCGGCAAGUGGUGCAGGAUUCGAAGGGUGCAGCGACUGCAGCAACACCACCUUUGGUUGCUGCCCCGAUGGCGUGAGCACUGCGACGGGUGAGGCCUUUGAAGGCUGUGCAGAAGGCUGUGAGACCACCAAGUAUGGCUGCUGCCAAGACAAAAUCUCGCCAGCUGAGGGACCUGACUUUGAAGGGUGCGAGAACUGCACGGAGUCGCUGUACGGGUGCUGCGAGGACAAUGUGACCUUUGCUCUGGGACCCGACGGCGAAGGUUGCUGUGUGGUGACCGAGUUUGGCUGUUGCCGUGACAAUGUCACCGCAGCGACAGCUGACGGGUGCAUCUGCAACAUGACAGUACAUGGAUGUUGUCCUGACAACGUUACUGUUGCAUUGGGUCCCGACUUCGAGGGAUGCACCUGUGAGCACCAUGCUUUCGGUUGCUGUCCUGACAAGAAGUCGCCGGCUGAAGGCCCAGACUUUGAGGGCUGUGUCAUCUGCACCAACACGACCUUUGGAUGCUGUCCCGAUGACGUUACUGCAGCAUUGGGACCAAACUUUGAAGGCUGUGAAGGGUACGAGACCAACUGCACAAACACCACAUUUGGCUGCUGCCCCGACGGAGUGCAAGCCGCGGAGGGUGAGAACUUCGCCGGUUGCACCGUGGCAUGCGAGAGCACCCAGUUCGGCUGCUGUCCCGACGGACUGGCUCCAGCUUCUGGCAUUGGUUUCGAGGGGUGCGACAACUGCAGCGAGUCACUCUACGGAUGCUGCGCAGACAACACGUCCUUUGUCCUCGGCCCAGACGGGGAGGGCUGUUGUUUCCACACCGAGUUUGGCUGCUGUCUUGACAACAAGACGGAAGCCCAGGGACCGGACCGGGCAGGCUGCAGCUGCCAUACGACACCACACGGCUGCUGCCCUGAUGGGAUCGCCACUGCUAGUGGCCCCAGGUACUAUGGAUGCACAUGUCACAACUAUCCAUUUGGCUGUUGCCAAGACAAGCACACACCGGCUGGCGGUCCCAACUUUGAAGGGUGCAUCUGCUCUCGUCUGCUGUACGGUUGUUGCCCCGACGAUGUCACUCCCGCUGAGGGUCCUGACAUGGCAGGCUGUCCGUGCCAGAUCACAGAGUUUGGUUGCUGCCUUGACAAACGCACUCCUGCCCGCGGACCCAACCUGGCCGGGUGUGGCUGCGACACCAUGCCUUACGGCUGCUGCCCUGACCAACGAACACCGGCCCGUGGACCUGGCUUUGGUGGCUGCCCAUGCACGGCGAUGCCAUAUGGCUGCUGCCCCGACCAACAUACUGCUGCCCAAGGACCAGAUGGCAGAGGCUGCGAGUGCGAGAAGCUGCUCUAUGGCUGCUGCCCUGAUCGUCUCACACCAGCCACAGGCCCCAGCCUGACUGGCUGUACGUGCCACCAUUACCCUCACGGGUGCUGCCCUGACGGACAAACUCCUGCUCGAGGUCCUGAAUAUGAUGGCUGCACCUGUGCCAUGACAGCCUACGGCUGCUGCCCCGACGGGGUCACUGCCGCCAGGGGGCGCAAUUUUGAAGGCUGCCAAGAUACAACGUUCGUGUCUACCCCCAACGUCAGCGCCAGUGUGUGUGGCCUACCCGAAGAGCGUGGCCCCUGUCACAACUAUACGGUCUACUGGUUCUUCAGCAUCACCGAUGGUCGCUGCAACCGCUUCUGGUACGGUGGUUGUGAGGGCAAUGGAAACCGGUUCAACUCAGAGGAAGAAUGCAAGAACACCUGCGUCACACCUGAAGGACCUGAUGCCUGCCUGCUUCCAAAGGUGAUUGGUACAUGCGACGGCCAGUACCAGCAUUGGUACUUUGACGCGACCACUCGCUCCUGCGAGUCGUUCAUGUACGGAGGUUGCCUCGGAAACAACAACCGCUUUGCCAGCAAAGACCUAUGCGAGCAGACCUGCCUGCACCAGGAGAAGCUUGACCCGUGUGAGCAGUCGGCAGCACCUGGACCAUGCAGGGGCUCGUACAAGCGGUUCUACUACGACCGGCAGGACAACCAGUGCAAGCGGUUCACGUAUGGUGGUUGCCAGGGAAACGCAAACAACUUUGCCACAGAAGAGGAGUGCUCAGAAAAAUGCGUCAGACUUAGUGCACAGGAAAUCUGCAUCCUCGCCAAGGAAGAAGGCCGCUGCCUCUCGGAGGACCGCAAGUGGUACUAUGACUAUGUGGAAGGACGAUGCAAGGAGUUUGUCUACACGGGUUGCCAGGGCAACCGCAACCGCUUUAACACACGCGACCAGUGCGAGCGCAUGUGCAACUCUACCAGAGUCGCUGUGUCCCGUGACAUCUGCGCCCUGCCGAAGGAAGAGGGUCCAUGUCGGGCAGCCAUCCUGCACUGGCACUACAACAUGGCGGCUGGGCGCUGCGAGCAGUUCUACUAUGGUGGCUGUGAGGGCAAUGCCAACCGGUUUGAGUCGCGGCGUGACUGUGAGCGUGCCUGCCUCUCCGUUGGAAGUCGAAACAUCUGCUUGCUGCCGCAAGAGGCCGGAAACUGCGUGGAGUUCCGCGAGCGGUGGUUCUACAAUGCGGAGGAAGGUCGCUGCCACCGUUUCUACUACGGAGGCUGCGACGGAAAUGAGAACAACUUUGCCUCACACCUGGAGUGUGAACAGACGUGCAGACAGCCUGCUCCAACUGAGGAACCUGAGGAAGAGUUCCGACACGAGUUCUGCUUCAUGCCGAGUGAGGCAGGCCCCUGCACCAACAUGGAGGUGCGCUGGUUCUAUGACAAGCAGGAUGGCGUGUGCCGUGAGUUCUACUAUGGUGGCUGCCUUGGCAAUCGGAACCGCUUCCGGUCCCGUAGGGACUGUGAGGACCGCUGCUUCAGUUCUCAAGACCUGUGCUUGUUGCCGAGAGUGCAAGGCCCGUGCAGUGGCACGUUCACCCAGUGGUUCUACGAUCCCGAGACGGACCGGUGCCAUGAGUUCACGUACGGUGGUUGCCAGGGCAAUGCCAACCGCUUCAACGACCGUGAAGCCUGCGAGAAUCAGUGCCGCAAGGGGGUGCCAGUGCCUACAGAGCCACCCAUUGAGCGCCCCACGCCCGUUGAUGUGUGCACACUCCCGAAACAGCCUGGACCGUGCUAUGGCUUGCUGAUGAUGUGGUACUUUGACACUGCAACUCGUGAGUGCCGCAGCUUUACCUACGGAGGCUGCGAGGGCAACGACAAUCGCUUUGAGUCUCGGGAGCUCUGUGAACAACGCUGUGGCCGCCAUGAUGCAGGGCCAGCCGUAGAACCACCCACCCGGCAUCCCACUAAGCCUAGGCAUGUUAGAAAAGGCAUAUGCAAGAAAACGGUUGACCCCGGCGACUGCAACGACGCGCAUGAACGGUGGUUCUACGACGCACAGACCGGCGUCUGCCUGCAAUUCGUGUACACUGGCUGUGGAGGCAAUAAGAACCGGUUCAAGUCGGCCGAAAUCUGCAUGAAGUUCUGCUCUGGGGUUACAAAGGACACCCCCGAAAACGAAAUCAGUGAACCCGACUUGGACGGCGGUAAACAGAUGCCACCAUCUUCUCGGAAGCCCGAGGGAUCGGACGAGGAGUUGGACCCACGUGUUAAGCCACCGAUGGCGGUCACGCCGUUUCCGGCACUGUUUCCGUUGACACCAGCAGCUCCACCACAGACACCAGCACCGGAGUGCCUCCCGUCAAACUGCGAGGACCUGCACUGUCCCCUUGGGAAGAACCAGACGGUGGACCACCGUGGUUGUGUCCAAUGCCGCUGCAGCAACCCUUGCGAAACCUUUUCGUGCCACGAAGAAGAGCUUUGCAGGAUUGAGGCAUAUCGAAGUGCCGACGGCAGCGCCAACUAUCGUCCUGUGUGUCGCCUUGUGAACAAGCCUGGCCACUGCCCCGUAGCCGAAGUCGAGGCACAACCUGCAGCCGUGGUCCGAGCCGACUGCCGAGAUGUUUGCCGAGUGGACGCCGACUGUCCCGACGUCCGCAAGUGCUGCUACAAUGGCUGCGCUCACGUCUGUGUUCAGGCUGUUGUUACUGAAAGUACCACCUCACAUGUGUCCACAACGACGCAGACUCCAAUUCUAACUCCUGAGCCAACAAAUGAAGACCUGUCACCGCCCGUGCACCGUCCGGCAGAAAUGGCAGCACACGCAAAGCCCGAGGUGACAGCCAACGCCGGCUCUGACGUGACACUGUCGUGCCUCGACCGGCCGUUCCUGAUAGUGUCUGUCACGUGGACCUUCCGUGAUGAGUCGGUUGAGAGCAAUGAGGGGCGCUUCAAGAUCUUGGUCGAUGGCUCGUUGCACAUCUCCCAGCUCACGGGCGACGACGCAGGCCCCUACCGGUGCACUGCCGAUGACGGGCGCCAGAAGGUGUCACAUGUCACCAACCUUGUUGUGUUCGUGCCUGCUACAAUCAAGCCCUCGAGCGCGACGGUGACCGUGACUGUGUCAAGCACGGCACGACUGUUAUGCUUGGCCGUUGGCCACCCGACUCCCAUCGUACAGUGGUACCGGCACGGCAAGCAGCUGCCACAGCGGAGCGCGCGCUACGCCAUCCUAGCAGACUUCACGCUCGCCAUCCAAAACGUCACGCUCGAAGACGAGGACAUUUACAUGUGCCGCGCGUACAACUACUACGGCCAGCCAGCCGUCUGGAAGGUGUCCCUCUCCGUGCUGCCAUUGAGUCGGGAGCCGGCAGUGCCGGGACGCCGCCGGCGCCGCGGUCAUGGCUCACGGGGUUCAUCAUUCCGGCGUACAGGCAGGAAAAUAUAUCUGACCGGCAACGAGGUCGUGACAGUCGACGUGGUGAUAGCUACCAGCGAGAACCGUGUGGGGGCACCUCUGCAGCUUGAUUGCUACGUGACUGGUGCUCCCGAGCCACGUGUCUCCUGGCUGCAUGACAGCAAGCAAGUCGAAACAGACAGCCAUCACGUUGUCAUGGAGAACCACACGCUGUUGAUUCCAUCAGCGGCGAUGUCAGACGGGGGUGAAUACUCCUGUCAAGCGGACAAUGGCCACAGCAAUGAAUCUGUCUCGGUUCACAUCAUCAUGGACGAUAUCUAUGUUCCGGAGUCGUGCACUGACAACCCCCGCUUUGCGAACUGCAACCUCAUUGUGCGUGCUCGUUACUGCACAAACAAGCACUACUCAAGGUUCUGUUGCCGUUCAUGCAUGCUUGCUGGCCAAAUUCAUGCUGAUGGCAAUGGGUAUACCAACGGCAAUGGUAAUGGCAAUGGAUACGGCAAUGGAUACGGCAAUGGUUAUGGAAACGGCUUCAGCAAUGGUAAUGGCUUCGGCAAUGGCUACAUCAACGGAUACAGCAACGGAAAUGGUCAUACCAAUGGGUACAGGAAUUUCACUGGAAACGGGAAUGGAAAUGGCAAGGCUAAUGAACUUGCCUAAGCAAAUGUUGUAGAUUCUGCAACUCAGGGUUGUUAUAUUGCUUUCCCAGUCUUUUCGUAUUCGAUUUUCAGUGGUCUAAACUCUCUUCAGAGUUUGCAAUGACUCUUUUUUUCUUUACACAUAUUCUGGUGAUUGUGGCACUUAGUGCAUGUGCCUUAUCAUAGAAGUGGGUGUUUAUACAAUCACAUCAUCUUGUUGUUAACAAGAUAUUUCGUUCUGGCCUCAAUAGAGAGUGUAGUGUCAACACAUUUGCCAGGACUGAAUGCAAACAUCUUUGGUUGAGACUUGUCAAAGUGCCAUCUGAAAGAAAUGCAAAAUUCUCAGCCUUAGGAACAGCACCAGGUUGAUAAUCAAAACUGAUUGCGCAAGAUGCAACAUCCUCAGCCUCAGGAACAAGAUCACAUCGAUCUAAUGAACACUUAUUUCUUAACAUCACUUGCAAUCUUUACACUGAUGUCUUAAGAAUUUAUAUUUCAUUGUCUCGUGUAAUUAAUUAUUCCCUAGGUGUGACAUAGUUCCACAGGCUGUUGUGUUCAUUUGUACUACUUUGAGAAAUGCAUUGGCCUGGCGAUAAGCUGAUGUCAGCUUAGUACGAUGGCAUUUGCAUAGUGCGAUCAUUUUCCCAAUUACAUGGUUCCUGACCUUGUUUUCACCAUUUUCUUACACGUAUUGCUUUAACACAGCAUUACCUUGCAGAAGUCAUAUGGCUUUGUGUGCAAUACGUCAAGCCUCAGAAACAAAAAACUAAAAACAAAAGGCAUUGCCAUGCAAUAAUAAGUUAAAUCAAAGAGUGGCAUAUCAUUACUUGCGGCAUGUGCACUUUCAAGAAAAGAGUUGCUGCUGAAGCAUCAAUGAAGAACUGAGGGCAUGCAAGAAAUGAAUGCUACUUAUUUUUUUCUCCUUUGUUUAUCAUAUACAUACAUGAGUUGUGCUUAAUAUGCAAAUUCCUUUAGUGACAAGAGCUGUUACUUAAUUCGAGCUUGUGGCCUACUUGUCAUUAUAAACGUGCCUAUACAGCCAUUUGUGCCAUUUCUAAAGGGUACUUGUUACUUGUGACAGAGUUCCUACCGAAAGCGUUGUGCUUUGAUGUUGCCAAACAACUUUCAUUAUGUAAUGGGCAGGAAUGGGGCUUUAUGAAGGCUGUUUACAAAAGUCUGCUGAUAAGACUUGCGUUUUAAGCAUAGCAAUCAUUUCUUGACUCGUGCAGCAAGAACUUCAGCAGAUACCGAUGGCCACCUUAUUUGUGGUCAGUGCUGUAUUACGCCUACAAGUUACGCUCCCCACAUGGUGUGUUCAACUUGCUGUGCUCGUUUCGCAAAACACUGGUUUUUAAGCCCAGUGGCCACGGACAACAUGCAUGUGCCGGUAAUGUUACUCGCAUACUGCCAAACCUUGAUUGCGUGUCUCGUUUUUUGCCCAUGGUUUUGUCAGGGUGAGUUCCGCUGGGCGAUCUGGAAGAGUUGCGUGAAUCCGUAAAGUGAGUGUGCGGGCAUGCAUCUUGACAUGCCAGACACUCAACAUGGCAGAAAUGCUCCACACCAGAUCAAAGCGUAGGUCAUUGGUUACAUUGAAGCAACUUACGGUGAUGGAACCCCUGUGACCGUGCUUUGUUAUAAUUUGACUAUACCGCUGUCACCUGCUUUAUUGAAAGGCUCGUUGAAUAAUCGUCGACAUAGCUUGAGCCUCGAAAGCAGCAAGUGCAGCUGCAGUGUGAAAAAGCAGUACAUAUCUUGCACAACUGCUUACAUAUAGUAGUAAAAUGAAGCAAACUGAUCCUCUCAGCUGGUGGAAGUAACACGGCAUUCCUUUGACGUUUCGGCCAAGUCUGUGCCUCAAUGAUAAAGGAAAGAAGCGAUCGGCUGUGGAAGAGUAAUUCAAUUAGAGAAUAACAGUAGUGAACAUGAACUCAUUCUGAGUACAGUCAUGAAAAAAGCAAAUCUUGUGCCACAGAAUGCAAGGAAUCUGCCCCUUCUGGAUUGACCUGUGGAAUGCGCCAUCACUUUUGCAAUACUAUAUACCCAACACUGCCAGUGUGUCAUAUUACAAGAUGCUCUAGUCUGUCACCACCACCUCUCCAAUGCAUUCCACGAGAGAUGAGCAUGGAACAGCAUUUGUGUGUGUGUUUUUUUUUGUAUGUGUCUGUGUUGUCCUUCCAGUAGUGUCCCUUGCGCAGUGACAUUGUUUUGGAUUUUGUUCACUCUCUGGGAGCAAUUUUUCAAGUAGCCUGCAAAACAGGACUUUGUGCUUUUUAUACUGGUUUACUUCAUUUUAAAAACUUUAAUCUCACUUUCAGUUUUUUACUUCACCCUUUGCUCAUCCUAAUGCUGCCCAAACUUGUGUGUAGGUGCGAUCGUAAGAUGCAUGCAAUGUUGCCCCAUGAUCAUGAGCUCAAAGUUCGAAUUUGCCAAUCCUCUUUCUCAUCAUUUAGAGGGACUGUACUCCGGUCAGAGAUAAGUGCUCGUGUUAUAUGGUCUUGUAGUACUUAUGUAAGUGUUGUAGUGAUGUGCACAUGAAAAACUUUGCAAUAAAUCACUAAAAUGUGCAUAGAGAAGACCAUGAGCUUGCUUGCAUGCAAAGAUUGCUUAACACAUUCUUCCUAAGAACAGCCGGGUCACUGUCAUACAGUUUUAUUGUCUGUUGCCAAAUUGUGAGCAAUCUAGUGGAGAAGGUAAUGUCCACUUGUAAGGCUUGUAUGCUGUUAUUCGAUGCUGCGCCUAAUUUCACGACAGCGCCUUUAAUCUACCACAAGACCACGAAACUCAGUUGGGGUGUUGCAGUAGUGUUUUAGCGAAGGACAUUUGUGCAACAAUGUGCACAAAAUGGAGCAUGCACUUUUGUAUCCAGCACACAGUGUCUGUGCACGGCUUCUGUUCCAACUAUUAUCAGCAUUUGCUAUUUUAAGUUAACUUUCCUUUUUAACUAUUUCUCUUAAAACAAGGGAGAGAUUCACAGCCUAUUUGUCUACAUUAAAAGAUACUUUUGAAAAUUGCACUUUCUCACUGGAGAAAUAUUUUUAUUAGCAGAGGAAAUGAUGGCCAGUAUUUUUUUUUAUCGAAUAUUGCACUCAAACCAUGGUGGCAAUGAGAUUCUUUUGAUGCCAAUUGCUUCAUGGUAUUUUUGCAUGUUUAGUGGUUAUUUUUUACCACAAUAUGACCUGAAAGUUCUGAGGCUGCCUUUUAUUUUUUUCCCGGGUGUAUUCAUAUACACUGGUUUAUUUGCCUUGGCUUUGACCAGACAAUGCCAGAACGUAUGACAUCGCAGGAAGCUUGUGAGGGAACAUCAAAGUAGCAUUACUGUGUUCCUCACUUUCACAUAAUUUCUGGUUGCCAAACCUGCCCUCACUGUAAGACUGGCCUAGUAUGUACUUGCAGUUCCAGAAGUGGAAUGUAUGAGUCAAGUUUGGGUUUCUUUUUUCAGAAGCCACUGUACUGUUUGUUGAAGCCUGAUGUAAGCAAAUCUCAUUGCAGGUGUCUGCACAGGCACAAACAUUACAAUGCAGUGAUGUAACGCAACAGUGAAAGAAAUUCAGAUUGUAAGAUCUGAAUGAUUUCAAGCAAAGCUAUGCGCCAUUUCAUCUCUGGCACACAGCUUGCUUCAGGCCACAUGGAAAGACACAGUAUCAUUGUUUUAUACGUUCUGCCUUACUGUACAGUAUUAUUUCUUUCUUGGCAGUCUUUUCGCCAAACAAGCUGCAGUGUUGCACUCUGUUGCGUCAUUGCAAGUCUUGCACUGUUUUGACAGUAUUGUUUCCAUAAAUCAUAUUUAAAUGUACUUGGGCAUUGGCGCUUUUAUGCACAAAUGUCUUUCUCUUUUUGUGUGGGGCAAGUGCUUUCGCAUGUUUGUGUAACCGUCUCGUCUUGUACAUAUAAAAAAUGAAUUGGCAGUAUA